AUGAAAGAAGCCCUGGUCAGUAAAGGACCACUGGUCCAAAUCGUCGAUAGCCCAGUCCCUGAGCCAAAUGACGACCAGCUUUUGAUCAAGGUUGUCGUCAGUGGCUCCAAUCCGAAAGACUGGAAGCUACCGGAGAUGCAGAACUUGACAGCCAACGCUGGCGAUGACAUUGCUGGUAUCGUGGAAAAAGUCGGUGCCAAUGUCUACGAGUUCAAGCCCGGAGACCGUGUCGCCGCCUUCCAUGAAGUCAAGACCGAAGGCGGAAGUUAUGCCGAGUACGGCAUUGCUUGGCAGCACACCACUUUCCACAUCCCGAAGCAGACCAGCUUUGAGGAAGCAGCGGCUAUUCCGCUGGCAGCAAUGACUGCUGUAGUAGGCCUUUACCAGCACCUUGCCCUCCCGCAGCCCUGGUCGCUACCGCUUCCUGAGACCCAGACACGGGAAACCCCUCUGGUUAUCUAUGGCGCUUCUAGCUCCGUAGGUUUCUACGCGCUGCAACUCGCCCUUCGCAGUAAUAUUCACCCAAUCAUUUGCGUUGCAGGACGUGCCAGCGAGUACGUCAGAGGUUUCAUUGACAAGAGCAAGGGUGACACCGUGAUCGACUAUCGCGAGGGGCCAGAAGUCGUCGUCGACAGUAUCAAGAAGGCCCUCGAAGGCAAGCCAGCAAUCGGCCACGUCUUCGAUGCCUUCUCAGAGAGCAACAGUGCAGCGGUCAUUGGGCAAGUUUUUGAGCAAGCGGGAGACGGCAAGACUGCCAAAUUCACCUUUACAUCCUGGGGAAACAAGCCGGAGAUUCCCCAAUGGGUGCAGCAGAACAUGGUUUUCGUGGGCAGCGUUCAUAUGGCUCCACAAGCAAAAGAUCUUGCCUACGUGUACUUCCGAUACAUUGCUCGCGGCUUGCAGGAAGGGUGGUUUCGUGCACAACGCACAGAGGUUGUCCCUGGCGGGUUGAACGGCAUUCAGAAAGCACUAGAGAAUCUGAAAAAUGGCAAUGCAAGUGCAUUGAAGUAUGUCUUCAGAAUUGAGGAAACCGGGCAGCUAGCAAACUGA